UCGCCGAAUAAAUUAGCGCAAAAGGCGAGCUUUUGCUUUGUGACGAAAGCUGCGUAAGUGGUAGGGGGUGCAUUCUACAGGUGGCGGUAGGAGGUUUUGAUAGGAGUUUUGGCCAAUCGGAUGCAACAAGUACGGAUCAACGUGUGCCAACAUCAAAACUAGCUUUCACAGCAUCACACGAAAGUUUUGAAAUUUAGGUGCUUUAGUACCUUGCUCUUAGUGACAUUCCGGUAUUCGACUGUAGUGGUUGCAACGGAGAUUUGUAGUGAAAGUUCACGAGGGAGAGAGCAAUAUGUGGCGAAUCAUCAUGACGAGCUUACUGUACGUCGUUAUGGUAGAAAGCAGACCCAUGGAUCCUCUGGAUGGCCCUCUGUGGCCCCAGGACGUAUCGAUCUCGACGCUGGAUUUAUUUCCGCGAAGAAAUCCGGACGUUCGCCUACGAAGCUUCCACCAGAACAUGUACAAUCCUGAUACCGACUUCGACCUCCUCGUGCCGCAGUUCCCGGCCAACAAGCGCGCCAUCACCAUGUUCUCCCGCUGGAGCCCCAUCAGCAGCUUCGGCAAGGGCAAGACCCCAACCCGAAGUAACAUGCUGCCCCACCAGAUAAAAGACCGACAUCCUGGCCAGCCACUGAGAUGGGGUUAAUGCGACGCACCGAUGACUUUCCUUUCCAUUACGAAACGCAUCCGACGGGGUUGAGUCCCAAAGAGCCCGAAAAUCUACAAAGGCCUACGCAGUACCUCAAGCCCAGUAUUGCCCACUAACGGCCCUACUGAACCCCGACUCGUAGCGUUUCGUAUUGGUCGAAAGUUGUCCCUUAUACUACAAGACUGCGGUGAUUACUUUUAGUUCCGAAGCCCUUAUUUAUGUUUGUAAAGUUCCGAUAAGUAUGUAAUGCAUGUGUUUUUGGGUUACUGUGUCACACCUAUGUAAAGUUCACGUAUUGUAUGUUACGAUUUUUCUUUCGUGUUGCUAUGUAUUGUUAUGUCAGAAAAAUAGAGAAUUUAAAAGAAA